GGCGGGAGAGCCUAUGGUGCGCUGAGGCUGGUGGUGGCUAGAUCCUGACAGAUGGUCUACCCACUGCUGCUACUGCUGCGCCAUAGUCUCAUGUCCUGGGCGCCUCCACGUGGCGACCGCUGGGUGGGAGUUAGGUUUCGCCCUUCUCCCUGCUAAGAUCCAGGACACCAAUCCGCAUGAGUCAGCUAACUGACCAUGUGCUAGACCCGCUGCCUUUCGGGUGUUCAUUUAAUCGAAGGCUUUGGCUGAGGACCCGAGUCGUUCUCCUGUCAGGAUUGGGCGCCCUGGCAGUAUCCUAGUCCAUCCUCUCCGGAGGUUAGGAAGUGGUCGAUGGCCCACUUCCCGUAAAACCUAGCCAUGGGAGACAACAGGUUACGGGUGAUAUUCUCAAUGCUCGAUUGGCGUAGAGCACGAGUGCCACGCAUUGUCUCUGACGGUGGGAGGACACCUCCGGGUGUUCAAUGGUUUGCUACUGCCCGCCUCAAGCCAGGCAGCCCCUGGUCAAAUUGGUGCAAACCCGCCAAAAACCCACCUGCGUCUGGCCGUGGUCGCAGGUGCGUAUCCAAUUACGGUCGCAAAACAUAUGAUAACUGUUCCAGAACCUCAAAGGCUGCGUGUGACGGCCGUCAAGCAGAUCCCAAUCUGUCUCUGCAAUCACAUUCCCGAGCUGGAUCUGCUCUCCACUGCCUUGUGGGUCAGGCUAUUGAGCCAAAGGCUCCGGGCGGAGUCCCUCAAGCAAACCUCCAAACCACCCACUGCCUUGUGGGUCAGGCUAUUGAGCCAAAGGCUCCGGGUGGAGUCCCUCAAGCAAACCUCCAAACCACCCACUGCCUUGUGGGUCAGGCUAUUGAGCCAAAGGCUCCGGGUGGAGUCCCUCAAGCAAACCUCCGAAGCACAACGACCACCUUGCGUGCGAUUGCCCACCAAUGCAAUCGUAUGCCUGCGCGCAAAGCACUCAGCAUCGGGUGCUGGAACGUGCGCACACUACUGGACCGGAACUCGAGCGAGCGCCCGGAGCGACGCACUGCACUGGUCGCGAAGGAGCUGGCGCGCUACCACAUCGAUAUUGCGGCGCUCAGUGAAACUCGGCUCGCUGAGCAAGGUAAGUUACAUGAAGCAGGUGCUGGCUACACAUUCUACUGGGUGGGGAACGCCGCCUCAGCACCACGUGAACAUGGGGUCGGGAUUUGCAAUAUCCGACCGCCUGAAUGGCCAGCUGGUGGGUGAACCAACGGGCAUCAGCGCGCGGCUGAUGACUGUUCGCCUACGACUCGGAAGAGGUAAGUUUGCUACUUUCAUAAGCACGUACGGUCCGACCAUGUGUUAUCCUGAUGACACGCGUGAUCAGUUCUACACUGAGCUAUCCUCCGUGAUACGGUCUGUGCCGAAGAGCGACCGACUAUUUCUGCUGGGUGAUUUCAACGCGCGCGUUGGGCGUGAUGCAUCAGCGUGGACAGAUGUUAUCGGUGCGCAUGGCAUUGGUUCAGCGAAUGCGAACGGUGACAGGCUGCUCUCACUGUGUGCCACUCACGGCCUGACGAUCACGAACACUCGGUUUGCACUGAGUGCGAGUGAUAUAGCAACUUGGACGCACCCACGGAGUGGUCACGCUCACCUGCUCGACUAUGUCAUCGUACGUCAGCGUGAUAUGCGUGAAGUGCGCAUGACACGUGUACUGCGUGGAGCUGAGUGUGGCACUGAUCACAAAUUGGUUCGGACCAAACUGUACAUAUAUUUUCGUAAAUCGAUGUAUUGCACUCCCGCCGUGAAUCGGCGUAAAUUUAACAUUCUCUCCCUCGGUACUGUGGCGAAACGUACUGAGCUGGAGAAGGCGAUGGCUGCUCGCCUGUGUGGUGAUGUGGACUGUAUAGCCACAGUGGGCGACCUGUGGCACCACAUUCGCGACCAGGUGACAGCUGCUGCGGAGGAGACCAUCGGGCGCGCAAACUGUAAGCGGCCUGAUUGGUUUGAUGACAACAAUGUGACGAUUGACGCAUUGGUGUCAGAGAAGAAUGCAGCAUUUGCUGCACAUGUUGCAGACCCCAGUGACUUGGGGAAGAGUAGUCAGUUUCGCAAACUUCGACGGCGACUGACCCGAGAGCUCCGUCGCAUUAAAAAUGCAUGGUGGACGGAGAAGGCGAAGCAGAUGGAAUGCUACGCCGAACGCCGUCAACACAAGGAAUUCUUUGACUCCUUGAAGGCGGUGUAUGGACCGAGAUUGGAGCCUCUGAGGACACUGAUCGAUGGUAGUUCAGGCGCUACCUGCACCCAGACUGCAGACAUAAUGCAGGUCUGGCGGAAACACUUUGACUGUCUCUUGAACAACCGUUCAGAGAUCGACUGGCCUACAUUGAAUGGCCUGAAGCAGCACGAUGUGAAGGCGGAUCUGGCGGAUACGCCGAGACUGGAUGAGACGCAGAGAGCACUUGCUCAGCUGCGAAACGGCAAAUGUGCCGGAGGUGACGGGAUCCCACCUGAAGUAUUGAAACACGGUGGACCAGCGUUGUUGACUGCGCUGCACCACUUGGUGCAACGCGUGUGGAUUGAGGAGGAGGUGCCUGCUGAGCUGAAGGAUGCCCUUGUGCUACCACUGUACAAGGGCAAAGGUAGCAAGCAAUGUUGCACGAAUUAUCGUGGCAUCAACUUGCUGAGUUGUGUGGGCAAGGUGAUUGCCCGAAUCCUGCUCAAUCGCCUCGUGAGUCAGGUUGUGGAACCAAACGUGGCGGAAGAGCAAUGUGGAUUCCGUUCGGGUCGCAGCACUAUAGAUAUGGUGUUUGCGGCUCGUCAGUUGCAAGAGAAGUGCAGAGAACGACACCAGCCUUUGUACUCGCUUUUUGUUGAUUUCACCAAGGCAUUUGAUACGGUGAACCGCGAGGCACUGUGGCUGGUGUUGGGUAAGUUUGGUUGCCCGCGUAAGUUUGUAAGUUUAAUUGAAUGUCUGCACAGUGGUAUGCGAGCGAGGGUGCAGCUGAGUGGAGAGACCUCUGAUGACUUUGCAGUUGUCUCUGGUGUGAAGCAAGGCUGUGUUUUAGCUCCUGCCCUGUUUAAUAUCUAUCUUCAUGCAAUGCUGUCUUGUGCUUUUGAUGCGGCUUGUGCUUACGGUGUUCGUGUGGAGCACCGUAUUGAUGGUGGGUUGCUGAACAUCCGUCGUUUCGGUGCGAGAACUCUAGUCUGUGAGACAACUAUCCGUAUGUUGCUGUUUGCUGACGACUGUGCGUUGUUUUCACACAACGCGGAUGAGUUGCAGCACAUGACUAGUGCUCUGGCUUCGACAGCGGCCAAAUUCGGGCUCACCAUCAACACAAGCAAAACUGUCUGUCUCUUUCAGCCUUCACCGGAGGUGCAAUCUUCAAUAUUGCCGCAAAUCAGCAUUGGUGCUGAAGUAUUGGAAACCACCUCCCGCUUCUGCUACCUUGGGAGUGUGAUGUCGACUGAUCAGCAACUACACGUUGAGUUGCGUAAUCGCGUGUCGAAGGCGGCAGCGGCAUUCGGGAAGCUUGAGUACCGAGUGUGGAACAACCAUCAGCUUAGCAUUGGCACGAAGCUGAUGGUGUACAAAUCCAUGGUACUGUCCGUUCUUCUAUACGGCAGUGAAACGUGGACGAUGUACCGGCGGGAUGUGCGAUAUCUCGAGCGGUUCCAUCAGCAGUGUCUGCGACGAAUUUUGCGGAUCGGCUGGGGCGCCAGAGUUGCAGACACGGAAGUGUUGCGCCGAAGUGGGAUGUAUGCAGUGGACUGCAUACUUUUAUUGAGACACCUGAGAUGGCUCGGUCAUGUGAGCCGUAUGGAUUCGACGCGGAUACCGAAACAACUUUUAUACGGUCAGCUGAGUACUGGGAAGCGGCACGUGGGGAAACCAAAGUUACGUUACCAGGACAUGAUUAAAGUGAGCCUCACACGUUCUAAUCUUGAUUGCAGAUCAUGGGAAUCGAAGGCGGUUGAUCGGCGUGCAUGGCGCGAUCUAAUCACGAAGGCAGUUGCUGAAGUGCGGGAGAAAUCCCUCAUGCAUGCAGAGAAGAAGCGGCAGUUGCGGAAGCGGCAAGCACCGAUGAAUUGUACUCCAUCGACAUCGAGCGCAUUGUGCUGUAGAACAUGCGGUCGCGAGUGCCUUAGUCAGGCAGGCCUAGUGAGCCAUGAGAGAGGUCACUCGGGACCACUGCCGAAGCGACGACGGGUCCCGCAGUGAACGUAGGCAGCACCGGCGCAGCGUUUGUAGGCACGCUGAAUUCGAUUUACUAACCGCAUGGUUGCAUGCUAAGUCUCUUUAUUUCAGGUGGUGGGUUUUCGGUUCUCUCCUAAUGCCUUUCUUUCUCAUAUAAAUGUCUAGUGGGCCAUGCGCUGUGCCAUUUGGGGCCACUACAGAAGCGACGACGGGUGCUGCAGAGAAUUACGACGAGCCGGCGCAGCGUUUGUAGGCACGCUGAAUUCGAUUUACUAACCGCGUGCUUGCAUGCUAAGUCUCUUUAUUUCAGGUGGUGGGUUUACAGUGUUUACCUUAAUGCUUUUCUUUCUCAUAUAAAUAUCUCCCUGUACUUUAUUCCAUUAACUUGCACACAUCGCUUCAGCCAAUUGUAUUCGAUUUCCAUAACAUUUUUGUGUUCGUGGCAUUCCGUGAACUAUACUUCCUGACCUCGUGCACUUAGCUAGGAUUUGUUUGUAAACAACUUAUUACGUAUGCUAUUUAAUUAAGGUUUAUGUCACCGUUUCCUUAUGCAUUAAUCGAGUUUUUCUCUUUUUCUUUCUCUCUCUCUCUCAAGUGAUUGGUUGUUGUUUGAAAUCCCCGGUGUGGCUGCGCUUGAUGUGCAUGUUGACAAGGUGCCUACCUGUCUAUUACCCACUACCUCGUCCAUACUGGCUCCAGGAGACAGUUGGUCGUUGCUGGAGGGGACGGGGUGCACGGUCCUUGUGGCCGUGUUAGGCUCGAAGAGUGGUUCCAUGCACUCAGUGUGGAGCGGACUACGGUCCAGCCACCGCCUUGUGUGCGCUUGAAUCCCAAAUACAGUGUGCUUGUGUUUGCCUGUGAAGGAGUGUGGGCCGGCUCCGUUGAUGAAACGUGGUUCCCAUCCGCAUGCCUCCCGGUCUUAUUCCUUCGGGUUUACACUGGAUAUGGGGUGUGUGGUUGGAGCUGUGGGUGGUGCAGCGCAAGCCAUCCAUGGUCCCUCUGUAGGCGCAGGCGUCCUGUGGCUUGCCACAGUGACAGGCAAAUCCGAAACCGGAUGCCGCCAACCAUGUAAGU